AGCCCCAAGUAGGUCCGGCGCAGCUGCGAGCUGUCUUCCUGCACACGGAGCACGAGCGGAGGAAGUCGAAGACGGUCACACAAGGCAACAUGAAGGUGGAAUUACUGCCAGCCCUCACAGACAACUACAUGUACCUCCUCAUCGAUGAGGAAACGAAGGAGGCUGCAAUAGUUGAUCCUGUGCAGCCCCAGAAGGUUUUGGAUGCAGUCAAAAAGCACGGCGUGAAGCUGACCACCGUCCUGACCACACACCAUCACUGGGACCACGCUGGAGGAAACGAGAAGCUCGUAAAGAUGGAGACGGGGUUGCGUGUGUAUGGGGGAGACAGCAGAGUCGGAGCACUGACCCAGAAAGUGUCUCACCUGACGUCACUCAAGGUGGGAUCUCUUAAUGUGAAAUGCCUCUGUACGCCGUGUCACACUUCUGGACACAUCUGUUAUUAUGUGACUAAGCCAAAUAGCUCCGAGCCACCUGCUGUUUUUACAGGUGACACGCUGUUUGUGGCUGGCUGUGGGAAAUUCUUCGAGGGAACUCCAGAGGAAAUGUACAGAGCGCUGAUUGAGAUUUUGGGCAACUUGGACCCCGAAACGAGAGUUUACUGCGGUCACGAGUACACGAUCAACAAUCUCAAGUUUGCUCGACACGUUGAACCCAAUAAUGUCGCUAUCCAGGAGAAGCUUGCUUGGGCCAAGGCCAAGUACGACAGCGGUGAGCCAACCAUACCCUCCACCAUUGCAGAAGAGUUUACAUACAACCCCUUCAUGCGAGUGAGGGAGAAGACAGUUCAGCAGCAUGCUGGGGAGACCGACCCCGUCCGAACAAUGGGGGCCAUCAGAAAGGAGAAGGAUAACUUCCGAGUCCCGAAGGACUGAGCACCCUGCCUGGAUCACUUUAAUGUCAGUUUAAGUGUAAUUUAGAAUGUUCAGAUGUUUUAGGAGUUGAACCUUCUGUUGUGGUUGAGACAGUCAUAUUUAGGUUUUUGGUUUGUUUUAAUUAAG